AGUUUCGACCGCCACCGCUCGGCCGCCGGCUGACUGUGAGCCGAGCGCGCGGCGACCUCUUGCGUCAUACGCGAGUGACGCAACUUGACACAAGCUUUCAGAGUUAUGCUCGAGGUGCAACUUGCCUGUGAAGCUAGGCAUGGCUCCAACAGCCAGUCCUACGAUACGAUAGUCAUCGGGCUGGGGUCAGCCGGGACCACUGCGGCGUCGACCCUGGCGCGCGCCGGCCGCAGGGUGCUGGCGCUGGAGGCGCAGGACCGAGUGGGGGGCAGGGUGCACACCGUGCCGUUUGGGGACGGCGUCGUGGAACUCGGCGCUGAAUGGAUCCACGGCACCAACCCCAACAGAGUGUACGACGCGGCCGUCCAGAACAACGUGACGGUGCUGCCGCAGUAUUUCGAGCUGGCGUUCUACAGAUCUGAUGGCGAGGAACCCAAAAGUGCAUUGAUGAAAGAGCUGUUCAAUUACUUGUCGCAGUUUUUUCACGCGUCACCGCUUGUACCGCUGCCAAUGGGAUCUUAUUUAACUGACAGGAUACAUCAUUACUUAGAACAGAAAUAUCCGUCGCUCCUUUCAGACCGCGACUUCAUAGAUGAGUUUCAGAACUUUUUAGACCUAUACAUAUCCGAUUACGAAGCGGCAUACAGCUGGAAUGACAUGUCCUCGAAUUGCCAAUUCCGGAACGUGGAAGGUCAUCCGUACAUGAGCUGGCACAGAUAUGGAUACAGGACAUUUUUUGAGAUUUUGUUGAACAAGUACAACAACGGGCCAGGGCUGCCGACACUGGACAUAAAGUUGAGCACGGAGGUGACGCGGGUGGCGUGGUCGCGGGCGGCGGACGGCAACGUGACGGUGACCACCGCCGACGGCGCCACCUACACGGCCGACAACGUCAUAGUCACCGUGUCGCUCGGAGUAUUAAAAGAAACGCACGAAACUUUAUUCUCGCCGCAGCUUAACGGAGAGAAAAGGACAGCAAUAGAAAAAAUAUCUAUAGGCGUCAAACAUAAAAUAGUUUUACUCUUCCCGCACGUCUGGUGGCCAGAAGGACAGGAAUUUGAUUUCAUUUGGAAUAGAGAGGACAUUAAAAACUUAGCCGACGACGAGAAAUGGAUAAGUAACAUUUCACAGAUCACCACACCUAUGGGCGCUUCGAAUACGGUUACUUUUUGGAUAAGCGGAAGACCCGCGAUAUUGGUGGAGUCAUUGUCCGACGACCAAGUCGAACAGAAAUGUCUGCAGCUACUGCGCAAGUUUAUGGGCCGUAACGUGACUAUACCAGAACCUACAGCAAUUGUGAGAUCAUCCUGGCACUCGAACCCGUUCACUCGAGGUAGCUACACGUACGACAACGUACUAGCCCCGCAGUACCCCACAGCGAGGGAAGACCUGGGUGCACCCCUCACCGACUCCUCCGGUAGACCGAGGGUCCUUUUCGCUGGGGAGGCGACGAGUCCAAACCACUUUGGUACAGUUCACGGCGCCAGCGAAACCGGUUAUAGAGAAGCUUUAAAAUUAUUACCGAAAAGUGAGAAAGAGUAAUCAGAAAUAAAAUGUAUUUUUUAUAUUAUAUGUAUAAACUAGUCGGCCAUUUUGUAUACGUUAUUGUUAGCUGUAUAAUAGAUAUUUGAAAAAUAUAUCAAUUGUAAUUUAUAA